AGCGGCGGCGGCGGCGGCGGCGGCGGCCCGGAGCCCCCGAGCCCCCGGCAGGUGCGCCUGCCCUUCCCCGCGAUCUGAUUGGAUACAGUGGGGGCUCGACGGUGGCCGCCGUGGGACAGUGCGGCGGCGGCAGGGGUCUCGGAAACCAUGGGUUAUUGCAGCGGCAGGUGCACGCUCAUCUUCAUCUGUGGCAUGCAACUGGUUUGUGUGCUGGAGAGGCAAAUAUUUGACUUCCUUGGAUAUCAGUGGGCACCUAUCCUGGCAAAUUUUGUACAUAUUAUUAUCGUCAUUCUCGGUUUAUUUGGAACUAUUCAAUAUAGACCUCGUUACAUAACAGGAUAUGCUGUUUGGCUAGUCCUCUGGGUUACCUGGAACGUGUUUGUUAUCUGCUUCUAUUUGGAGGCUGGGGACCUCUCAAAGGAAACAGACCUUAUCCUGACUUUUAAUAUUUCAAUGCACCGAUCUUGGUGGAUGGAGAAUGGACCAGGAUGUACGGUGACAUCAGUGACACCUGCACCAGACUGGGCCCCAGAAGACCAUCGCUACAUCACGGUCUCAGGGUGUUUUCUGGAGUACCAGUACAUAGAAGUGGCUCAUAGUUCCCUCCAGAUUGUCCUCGCACUGGCAGGGUUCAUCUACGCCUGUUAUGUUGUGAAAUGUAUAACUGAAGAAGAGGACAGCUUUGAUUUCAUAGGUGGGUUUGAUUCUUAUGGCUAUCAAGGCCCUCAGAAGACAUCUCAUUUACAACUACAGCCUAUGUACAUGCAAAUUCCCUUGGAUAACAACUGAUAACAAAUUCUAUAUAUCAGCAUCAAGUGAUAUGCUGAAUUGCAAGCGAAGAUCAAAAUAGAAAGUCAAAAUAAUACAGAUGGCUUCAGUAUGUCAGCUCCUGGACCUUUCAAAGAACUUGUUUCACAGUGGCCUCCUGCAUUUUAUGAAGAGCAAGAAGCAACUGAGUUUAAGUAUAUAUACAUAUUAACAAAACAAAUAUAAAGCCUCCACAUACACUGGGACACACACGCACACGCACACACACCCAGAGGCACAUACUAAUUCCACUUGGCCUCCUCUUUCUAACUGAAACAAACAUGCAGGACAUGCCCAUCUCGGAUUUCCUGAAAGUAGGCUUCUUUCUCCCAGGCCUUUGGAAAGUUCCUAAGGAGACGUGUUGGUGCCCACUGCUGGCCGUCACUAACUCCUCUGCAGCCCAGCCAGUCGGCCUCUGCGAGCUGCGAAGUCACCCAGGGCGCGUUAGUUUGAGAGCCCUGUCUUCUGCACUCCAUACGUCUUGGUAGCACCACGGCUAUGUAGGCAAUGUGAUUGCAAAAACAAACGAAACAUGCCAUGAUGACCUAGUAACCGAAGUCCGAAAUGGCAGGUUGUUUGCCCUAAAGGCUAUACCGUACAUACUUGCCUUAACCCACCUAAGUUGUGCGCCCGAGUCUCAGUGCAGACCUCCCCAAGUCACUUCCUUUAGGCUAACACACUGCUAUUAAUUCCGAAUGAGUUCGAGUCCGUGUGUUUCAUGUCAAGAAACAAGACUGCGUAGCUCAGCAGCUCCAGUGUGUCUGUGUACAAAAACUGCCAGCUGUCAGCAAAGUGCUUUACCAUUGAACCUCCAUGGUGGCCAAAAACAGACAAACAAGUGACAGUAAUAACAACAACAACAAUAAUCGUCAUCUUUAUAAUUCUUAAAUGUGGUCUUCGGAAGGGGUUGGGUGGGACAAAGUAAAACUUAUUAAUCUACUAAGCUCAUUAACCUACUGGAAGCAGAGAGCAGUACUGGCUUAACUCACUGAUUUUAUUUGUCGCACUCUAGGUGCUUUUAUAAGUAUCUACAGAUGUCUUUUACUAACACAGAAACAGCUGUGGAUUUCUAUCAACAGAGGCCAACUGAAUAUGUAUUAGCUAUGUUUACUCUUUUAUAUCUAAUUCAAAUUGAAGACCCUACGUAGGUGAACCUUUUUUCCUAACUUCAGCGUACGAGAUUAUUUUUUGGGUGGGCGGGGGGGGCGGGGAGCAAUAGUUACCUUGGUGAAAUAUUUGAGAUCUCUUUGUGGUAUUUGGGGGAUCUGUUGUGUGUUAGAGUGUAUUUUAAUCCUCCUGUAUUAUUGUGGCAGAAAAACUGUGCUGUUAACGUAGUUGGCAACAAGAUGCCUUUGGAAACUUAUAGUAGGUCAAUGUGUUUAUGGAAUAUUCUGGAAUCCUAGGAAAUUUUGUUCUAUAUAUUCAAACAUUAUUUGGUUUUCAUUAGUGGAAAACAUAAUUAGCUCAGGCUUGUCAGGAACUCAGAAGAGUCAUGUUUUUUCUUGGAUCCACCCGAGAUGCUAAAUCAAUUUUUUUUUUAAACUGAUACAACAUCCUUAAAUGCAGUGAAAUUGAGACUUGAAAAGUUAUCAAUUGGCAUGGAGCAAUGUUUUCUCUUGGUUUCUAUGUAGUUUCAAGUAUUGGGUUAACCUACUUUGGACCUUAGCCCACCCAGAUCUACAUAAACCAGUCCCAUUACUGUGUUUGCAUGGAUGUCUGUGAAAUACAUGCAUCUACAUCUGAAAACGAUAAAGGAACAAAGGUGAUAUUGGAACAUAAACUACAAAAAAAAAAUGGUUCCAGCACUUGUGCUUGAAUUUUCUCAGUGGCUUGUAUAUGUUUGUCCAUACACAUACAUGUAUAAAAUCUAUAAUUGCAAACAUGUCAGUGAAACCUCAUACGAUGAUUUUAUAGUGACAUGCAUGUUUAAUGUAUGAGAAAAAUACUUACUAAUGUAUUGUCCUCUAACUCUUAAAAUAUAAAUACUAUACAUGCCAGAAACUGCUCUAAUGUGACUAUUAAUGUGACUAUUAAAAUGAGGUUUCACUGUACAUUCAUGCACCUAGAAGUUCCACCUUCUAGGACAUGUAUAUGGAUAGAGAUUUAAACGCACAGAGAACAAGCCCUCAUAUUCCUGCUUUAAGUUGCAGCCAAGCUACCACCUAAUCACUACUAUAUCAUCGCCACCAAAUUUUUCAAAAACAGUUGUUGACUACUAAAAAGUAAUCAGUGGACAGGUCUUUUUUUGGGAGCAGUGAGCACAGUAGUGUGAUUAUAUCUGGAAAAACAUCUAAGUUGUACAGCUGAAUCCUCCUCAAAAUCCGGUGAAGAAUGCUAUUUUUCUAGGCUGAGCUUUUGUUAUAAACCUAAUAUUCGGAAGGCAAGAGUUACAAUCCUGAUGUGUCCUUUUUUUUUUUUUUUUUGAGUUUGUUAAUUCUGAAUGUAUUUUUAACAGAGUGAUUUUUUUGACUUACUAGUGUAAUUUGCAUUUUAAAAAUAAAUGGAAAAACAAUUAA